AUGCGCGCCAGCGAGCAAUCUCAGCCUACCGUUUUCUCUGGAGACGCUGCUGGUGACGGGCGGUCUCCGCAGCAGGCCAAGCGCACUUGUGCGCCCCUGAGAGCUUGGGCGACAGGCCCCUGCAUUCACACGAUGGGCGACGAAUGGGAAGGGGCUGCCUCACACAAGCACACUCUAGACCUGAAACAUGCGGCCAAUCACAGGCCAACAAAAGCAGGAACAGUAGCGAUCAAGAAACAAUCCAAGCCUUUAGCACCUCCCUUGCAGGCCGUUGUUUGA